AUGGACCAAGUUCGGAAAAAGGAUGCCAUAGAGGCAGAAUGGCUGCGGAACUACCAAUUGAUUCGGAACUUAUACCUCUCAGAUAUGUCUCUCAAUGAUCUCGUCUACUGGUUGGGUAUCUUUGAAAAUUUCACUGUCACGAAAUCCCAACUCGAGUACCGAUUGAAAAAGUGGAAUAUUUCGAAAAACAUCGACCGCGACUCAUGGAGACACAUUGACAAAACCAUCAACAAACGGAAGCAGGAAGGCAAAGAAAGCGAUGUUCUUUUAUGCGGCAAGCGAGUAAAGCAAUCCACCGUCGAAAAGGAAACCAAUCGCCACCGAGACACGAGUAUCACGGCUCAAAGGCUCCCUGAAGGCCAUAUUCAGUCAGUUGCAUUAUCAGAUGAGAUUAUUAUCUGUACGCCACAAGCAUACCUAAACGAGUUUGAGUGGCCAGAGUCGCUGCCAUGGUUCAAAUUCCGAUCCAAGUUGCAAGAAUGGUUGAGCUAUAUUCAGUUACAUAGAACAACGGGCGAGCCAAGAGGGCUAGCAAUGAAUCUUCUUCGUACGUCCAGGAUGUUGCUGCUUGGACACAAAUCCGAUCAAAGUCAGCUAAGCCACCUCAUCCCCAAGUUGGCUAUGAACCUUGUUAUGGGAAUGCCGGAAUACUUCCCUGGCGAACACCUACAAACCGCUCAAAUGAUCGCAACCGGCACCACAAAUGUCAUAAUGCCCGAGUGCCUGAAGCUCAUUAUCUACCAAGUCUCAAAUGACAUGAUCUUACUAUGGAAGGCUGAUGACUUUGAGAAUCUUUACACUCUUAUCUCCAGGACAGGGCUCUUGAGUGCCACAGACAGUCUAAGAAGGGCCCGGCAACAAGAUCUGAGUACCAGAGCAUUUAUGGAUAAUCUUUUCACAGAGCUCAUCAGGUCUAUCUGCUAUAAUAAUACGAUGAUGAAUAUGGAAAAUCCUAGGACUCUGGUUAAAUGGCUCCUUUCUUCAGGCCAAGACCCAAACAUCAAGUUUGCUAAACCCGAUAAUAUGUUUACGGCACUGGAGCAUGCGAUUUUUUCUCGACGAAUAGACUUAAUUGAACCGCUUCUCAAGGCCGGUGCUGUUGCCAGUAGGAGUUGGAACAGUUCCAGUCAUCAGUCGAUUAUGCGUGUUGUACUCUCCGAUCGAGUUUGCAAUAGAGAAUUAGCACGCAUCAUCAGGAUCUUGGUAGGCCACUACAAGACCUUGACUGCAGAAGAAACCCUCCAUGCGGCUAUUCUACUACAGGAUGAGCGCCUUUUCAAACAGGCGUUGGACAAUGGUGCCGAUAUCUCACUUCCCAUCGAAACGCUGUCAGAAAGUUUCAUGCGUGAGAAUCUCAAUGCCGUCAAGGAGGAGACAGCUUUGAGUGCCGCUGCUGCAGUCAGCAUGCACGCCACAAGGGUAGUUUUCGACCUUCUGCAAACCCGAAAUCAGGCCAUCAAAGCAGCAUCAUUCAUCACGCCUGACGUAUUCAUUUCAGCAGCAUGUGCGGGUAACGCUGAUGUCAUAUCGUUUCUUCAUGGAAUCCAUCCUAUUGGUUUCAGGACUAAUAUGCACGGUGUAACACCUUUGGAAGUUGCUAUCAAACAAGGUCAUCAGGAGGCUUAUCAGUUACUGUUUAAGCUCUAUCGUCAAUCUAGCGCCACUCUUCUCCUUAUUCCGAUAUUCACAGACCAACUCGACAUAUUACAGUACCUUCUGUCGAACGGUCUUGACGUCAAUCUUACGACGAAACGAGAUGAUAUAGAUGCAUGCAAGUUCUUGUUGCGAAGUCGACUUCUGGUUUGGCAUUUUCCAGUAUACGAUCAAGACAAAUCCCCGACUGUUUUAGAAUUACUUCUCCGUGUUGUUUUAUCCAGUCAUGAUUGGAAUGACGGGAUCAAACUCCUUCUUAGAUCGGGAGCUUUUUUCCCAGCAGAAGCAAUUCUUAGGUUGUCAAGAGCAGGACACGACGACAUACUUUCUGCUGCUCUGGACGCAGGGGUUGACCCAAACGUUCAAAAUUGCUUUGGAGACAGCGCGCUUGCGUUGGCUCUGCGGAGCGAAAACACAAACUGCGUUAAGCUGCUUCUAGAAAAGGGCGCUGAGCUUCGAACACUGACAUCCGAAGUGUUUGAGACCCUCGUGCCUGAUCAUAUAUGCAACAUUGAAGGACAGCGCAGCGUUUGUGACCCGCCUCUCGGAGAGCUCCUUUUGGAACACUGGGCAAGCAUUUUCAACGCCAGCAAAGACAGUUUGCUUGAAAUCGACGCCGCGAUCAUCGCACAACAUCAUUCCCGGGUCGAAAGCGCAUUUUCAGAAAUGCCAACAUACUACAGUCCAUCAAGCUUAUGCUCUGCUGUGCUAGUCGAGAGCCACUGGGUUAUUGACUUUCUUCUCAACAACAGACCUCUCCAAAGACCUCAUUUUAUUUUAGAGGGAACCGCAGUUGGCUUGGCAGCGAUGCUAGGCAAUCUGCCUUUGGUACGAAAGCUUGUAACGCAGCUUCAAAAACCCGAGACGGCACUGCUUCCAUUUUUUAAACCUUCUUCUCGCCUCCCAUUCCAGCAUUAUGAAGGCUUUCAUAUCACUUCAUCGCACAUUUUCUGGUAUGGCCACUCAAACGAUGAUCAUGAUGGCAAUGACUUUGAGGAUUUUAAGUGCUGCAACCAUUGUAGUCUUUUUAUAGGCAGUCCUUUGGCUUUAGCCGCAUCUUACCGGGGAACAGCCGGGGUGUUGGAACUGUUGAGUCACAAUUAUGAGCCUGACGUUAUUACGUGGGCUAGAGCUUUUAGUAUGGAUGACCUAGAUUGUUUGAAGGCGCUCAAGGAUUACAGCCUGCAAGUUAGGAGUCCUCAACUACCGCCAUUAACACUUUCGCGCUUACUGACAUAUGCGAUACAACAUGAAAUGGAGGAAGCCCUCGUCUGGCUUAUUGAAUUAGGAGCCGAUAUCCACGAGAAUGAUCUAUUUUGGUACCGUGGCCGCUCACCUGUCCAAUUCGCUAUUGAACUUGGCCGCUUGACAGUCGCUGAGAGUCUUCUGCGCUCUGGAGCAAAGGUUAAUGCAGCACCAUCUUUUAAAUCUGGCGUAACAGCGUUGCAAUGUGCCGCCAUCGAGGGACAUAUCGGAUUAGCGAAGCAACUGCUAGAUGCUGGUGCCCGAGUUAACGCCAGGGGUAGCCGACAGGAUGGCAGAACGGCCUUAGAAGGAGCUGCAGAGCACGGGCGACUUGACAUGGUUGAGCUCUUACUCCGUCACGGGGCACUUACAACAGGGCCUGGGAUAUUUCAGUACAUUCGAGCUACUUAUUUCGCAGAGCUAGAAGCAUAUCAUGCCACAGCAGCAUUGUUACGACAAUCGAGGAAAUGGACAGACGAAGACAAACACAUGUACGAUUCAAUGUGUGCGGAGUGCAAAUUUUGCUCUUCAGAGCCGAGACAACCAAGGGGCAAAAGGUGUUGCGCUUGUGAUAAAAUCCGUACCCAAGGGCGCUAUUGCUGUGAUGAGAUCCACAUGCCAGAGGAUAACUGCUACCACUAUUACACCGAAGAGGAGGAGAGUCAUUACGAUCUCGAAAUACUAGGAGAGGAAAGUGAAGCUCAGGAGGAUGUAGAAUUGGAGGAAGUGAUAGGAUUAGCAGAUGAUGGUUGA